AUGGCCGAAGGGAUUGACACUUUGCAACCCCUGCACUCGCGUUCGGGGAGGUCAUUUUCCGACGGCCUUUCUUCGAACGUAGCGGUGGGUCUCGUCGUACUGCUCGACGAGACCCAGGACAUCAACAAUCAGCUGGGCACGAGGCUCCAGGCUAUCCCACGCCGGUGGAUAGCCACGCCAGCGGACUAG